UCCAGAAUGUUGAGAUUGCCAGAGAAGUGACCUCCAAGAAAGGAAAACAUUGCUCCAGCUAAGUUCAGACGACAUCCUGUGGGUGCCGUAGCACAUGGAUUUCCGGACCGCCUGUGAGGAGACAAAGACGGGGAUCUGUUUGCUGCAGGAUGGUAACCAGGAGCCCUUCAAAGUGCGGCUGCACCUGGCUAGGGAUAUCCUGAUGAUCCAGGAGCAGGACGUGACAUGUGUCUCUGGAGAGCCUUUCUAUUCCGGUGAGAGAACAGUGACCAUUCGGAGACAGGCCGUGGGAGGAUUUGGACUGAGCAUCAAGGGGGGAGCGGAACAUAACAUUCCAGUUGUGGUUUCAAAAAUCUCGAAGGAGCAGAGAGCUGAACUGUCAGGACUGCUGUUUAUUGGGGACGCAAUUCUCCAGAUAAAUGGGAUUAAUGUGAGAAAAUGCAGACAUGAAGAAGUGGUUCAAGUUCUUCGGAAUGCUGGAGAAGAGGUGACCCUGACAGUCUCAUUCUUGAAACGAGCACCCGCUUUCCUCAAACUGUCACUGAACGAAGACUGUGCAUGUGCACCGAGCGACCAGAGCAGCGGCACCUCCUCCCCGCUCUGUGACAGUGGCCUGCACCUCAACUACCAUCCCAACAACACAGACACGCUGUCCUGCUCAUCGUGGCCCGCGUCCCCAGGGCUGCGGUGGGAGAAGCGGUGGUGCGACCUGAGACUCAUCCCGCUGCUGCACUCACGGUUCUCCCAGUACCUGCCCGGGACUGACCUGAGCCGGCAGAACGCCUUCCAAGUCACCGCCGUGGACGGGGUCUGCAGCGGGGUCAUCCAGUGCCUCUCCGCGGAGGACUGCGGGGAGUGGCUGCAAGCAAUAGCCACCAACAUUUCCAGCCUCACAAAGCACAACAUUAAAAAAAUCAACAGAAACUUUCCUGUAAACCAGCAGAUUGUCUACAUGGGCUGGUGUGAAACACGGGAGCAAGACCCACUUCAGGACCGUGUGUACUCACCCACCUUUCUGGCCCUGAGGGGCUCCUGCCUCUACAAGUUUCUGGCACCUCCAGUGACCACGUGGGACUGGACCCGAGCAGAGAAAACUUUUUCAGUUUACGAGAUCAUGUGUAAGAUCCUGAAGGACAGUGACCUGCUGGACCGGCGGAGACACUGCUUCACUGUGCAGUCCGAGUCUGGGGAGGACCUGUACUUCUCAGUGGAGCUCGACUCUGACCUUGCCCAGUGGGAACGAGCCUUCCAAACAGCAACCUUCCUGGAGGUGGAGCGGAUACAGUGCAAGACAUAUGCAUGUGUGCUGGAGGGUCACCUGAUGGGGCUCACGAUUGACUUCAGCACUGGCUUCAUCUGCUUCGACGCUGCGACCAAGGCGGUACUUUGGAGGUAUAAGUUUUCUCAGCUGAAAGGUUCCUCCGAUGACGGCAAGAGCAAAAUCAAAUUUUUGUUUCAGAAUCCAGAUACUAAACAGAUUGAAGCAAAGGAGCUGGAGUUUUCGAAUCUCUUUGCUGUCCUCCACUGCAUUCAUUCCUUCUUCGCUGCCAAAGUGGCUUGUUUGGACCCUCUGUUUCUAGGCAGUCAGGCUGCUGCCUCUGCGGCUUCCAGCUCCGGAGUAGCGAGCAAAGCCAAGUAUAUGACCUGACAAUCUGAGCUCGGCCUCCCUCUCAUCUUGACUUGUAAACAGAAUGACCUUGCUCAUCGCCGCAGACAAUGGAGAAGCCAUCACAUCCCCAAGUUAGCAGGGAAGCCAAGUGGAAAUCUGAGCGGAGAAGAAGAUCAGACGGAUCCCCAAAGCAUUCUGUUCGACGGCCUCGGGGGAUUGUCCUAAAUGAACGGGAUGACUUGCUCUUCCUCGUUGGGUCAGGACCGCUGUGUUGCUUUCACUGAAAGGGAAGAUGAACCGAUGAAUGACUCGAGUGUGUAAAUAAUAUAAAAAUUGUAAGCUACCUAUAAAUAAAACACCCAUUAAACAGUCACGUCUGUAUUUUAGACUAUUUUGUAUGACAAAUGCAUGAAGGGCCUGCUCAGGAACCAGUGCCCUGCUAUUAUGUGAGGAGCGACAGAAGGAGGCAGAGGCCCCGAGACCAGAGUGAAGACCCUUGUCCAAGAAGAGAGCACCUCAGCUCACUGGUGUGGAUCUCUGCUUAUAGCUUCACCCCAUGACUUGACAGUGGCACCCCAAUUUGUGUAUGCUGUUGUAAAUCAUUGCUGAGAAUUUCAAAAAGAUCGUUGCAUUUGACCUACAACAGACACGAUGUGAAAUGGAAUAUUUCUUCCUGGGGUCACUGACACCAAAUGUGUUAUUCACAGCCAGUGUUCCUUCAAAGAUGCCAAAAUGUGUUAAUUUAGUGAGGAAUGAAGGAAACAUCCAUGAACCUCUUGUCCUUUCCUUCAUUUACGGAGAUUUCUAUUUUACCUGGAAUUUAUUAUUAAAUUAAAAUUUCAUAAAUUUUCAGUGACCUGAAAACCUUUCAUAGAGAAAAUAUCAAUUCAUGUGGUGUAAGAGACGGUUCCUUCUUGUAUUCCUAACCUCACCUGGAGCUGGAGUUAAUCCUGAUCGGAAAUGUCCCCAGGAAGUAUUCUCAAAUCUAUUACUUUUGUUGGGUAAAUAACAUCAUUCCAUUUUAGUUAGAGCAUAUGAGAGAAUAAGGUAAGAUAUGAAAAUACAAGUUAAAACUUCUAC